AUGGUUCUGGCAGAGGUUUCGCCGUCCGGGGACGGCGGGGUGGCCGCGGGGGCUGAGACGGAGGUCGCGCGCAUCUUCGAGAUCCUCGAGGCAAAGCGGGGCGGGAAGUCCCUUGUCACAGCAUUUGGAGACGAACAGCUCGCUGUUGUCGCCGAGGCUAUGGUUGGUGACGCGACGAGCGCCGCGCAUUUGCAGGAGAACAUGCUCGGCGACGCGAGCAUAGUCGACGUCUUCUCGCCGUACUUUGCGAGAGCCGUAGGCAGGGACACGCUGCCGCCCCAUCUGCAGGCAACCCUCCGAGCGUGGUGGCUUGGGGCCGCCCAGGCUGGAGGCACCCUGCAGGUGGCCCGAUCGGCGAGCGCCCCGCCGGUGCGCGUCGCGUCGGCGCCGGCGGCAGCGGAGGAGUCCGCCCUGACCGAGGUACAGGUCGCCGAGCUGACCAAGCAGAAUCUCAGCUCGGCAGGCGCGCUCGCACUUAGCGUCUCCCUCCUCACCGGGUACGUAGUCACAGACAAGGACCUGGCGAGCGGGGGAUCGGUCUUCGAGGGCGCAAUCUACGGCCGGAACCCGUCGACAGUCAAGUGCGUGCGACAGGCCAAAGACGACCCGGGCAGCCUCCACCAUGCCCUCAAAUCUGGCGAGCGGAGCGUGUUCUUCACCUACAUCGAGCGAUUUUUCCGCAAGUACCCGGGGCGCGGCCUGCCGGAGCUGCCGCUCGACCGCAUCCUUCGCGACGACGUCUACCGCGAGCAUGAGAGGUCAGUCGAGUCGUUCAAGAAGGAGCUGGCCGAGCUCGCCAAGCGCGUCACCAAGGCGGAGGCGGCUGCGGCGGAGGCCCAGCGGGCGGCCGAGGAGGCGAAGCGGUCGGGCAAGUCGGGCGCCAAGACCUGCUUCUGGUGCGGCGAGGAUGUCACGGUGCCCAAUACGGACCUCGCCACCUUCACCGCCCUCGUCCGCUACCUCUUCACCGACCAGCUCGACCUCGGCGAGGAGGAGGGCGGCAGAGCGCAGCGCGCGCUCGACCUGCGGCAGCUGGCGCAGAUGUACCAGGUGCCGCGCCUCGAGCUGCUCUGCGCGCAGGCGCUGUUGGAGAGCGUCGGGCCGGCGAGCGCCGUGCCGCUGCUCGAGGCGGCGCACGCGACGGGCGACGGGUGGCUCCUCGCGCAGUGCCGCCGCUACGUGGCCGACAACGCCGCCGAGGUGCGGGCGAGCGGCGGCGUGGAGCAGCUGCGCGACCUGGGCGUGGCAAAGGGGCUGCUCGGCGACGCGCUCGACCAGGUGGCGGAGCUGAAGGGGACGGUGGCGGCGCGCGAUGUGGAGCUCGAGAAGGUCCGGGCAUGA